UGUGAUUUGUGGUCGUUUCCGGGCCGCCGAGCGAGCGCUUCGCUUCUGUCAAGUCAACAAAAAUGAGCAAAGCGGACGUGCUGAGCGGUUACCUGACGGAGCGCCUCACGCAGCUGCUCCGCGACAUCGUGGACGUGGUGGAGGACGCGGUGAGCGAGUACCGGGAGGAAACGCUCCGGACGCGGCUGGAGAACGAGAGCCUGAGGCGGCAGCUCGGCGACUUCCUCAGGGCGUCUGACGAGCCUCAGGCCCGGCCGCGGCCUCCCGGCCAACAUCUUGUCGCUUGGGACCACCAGCGAGUCUGCGCCCCCAACCGCGUCAAAGCGCCCCCAGCCAGCACGUCCAAGCGGGCGGGGGCUAGCCCCCCCCCCCCGGACGACGCCCUCGCCAAAGCGCUUCUCGUUCUUCCCGCUGAGGAGCCGCCGGGCCCGCCCCCUCAUGUCGUCAAACGGGAACAGGAGGAGUCAAAGGUCACGCCCCGCAAAAACUGUGCCGAGUCAGCCGCGGCCGACGUGCGCGUUCGCGUCUCCAAGGGCAACACCGACGUCAGGACGACGGAGAGUGCCACGAGGGAGCGACAGGAAGUGGAACGAAACGGCCAUCUCGGCGAGGCGACGGCGGCGGGCGUCAUCGUGUACGAGUGUCCCCGCUGCGGCGAGGUCUUCGCUCAGGCCGCCCGGCUGCGCCUCCACCUGGAGCAGAAACCGAAGACGUACGCGUGCAACUGGUGCUGUAAAUCUUUCGCGCAGUCGGCCGACCUGCGACGCCACGUCCGCACGCACACGGGCGAGCGGCCGCACCGCUGCGCCUUCUGCGCCAAGAGCUUCAGCCAGAGAGGAAACCUGCGGCGGCACUUGCGCAUACACACGGGCGAGCGGCCGUACACGUGCGCCGUGUGUCGACGCACGUUCGGCGAUGGCGACACGCUGAAGAAACACGCGCGCACUCACGCGCGCCACAAAGCGCACGCCAACCGUGCCGGCGCCGGCUGCUUUGGGGUCGGCACGUGAGUUUGCUGCUGUGCUGCCAAUGGCUCCCUGUCCCCUGUAUAGCGAGUCUGCAUUCUGUAGUGCUGUCGGAAUGUGUAGUGAGUACGGGUUGUCCGUCCCCAAGACGGCGCCCUCAAUGUCCCACAAUGCAUCUGGAAAAGUUGCCAACAAGCAACAGUCACUAGAAACAAAAUAUCUCAUGACGUGUUGCGCCGAUGACAAUACAAAUUGGCGAGGCGUGCUGUGUAAAGUCGAGCAACAAGUCACAAUGUGGAUGGGCAGAAAGUGCCACGUUUGCAUCGGUUUUGGAAAAUCCUCUCAGCAUUAAAAUCAAUUUGAGGUUA